UCACCUCUCUUCCUACUCUCCGUCCUCUCUGUGACCCUCGGCGCUCUUCUCCGCAAAUACUGCUAUGACACUCUCGGCCGUUACUUCACAUUCGAAGUCUCCAUCCUCCCCGACCACAAUCUAAUCACCACUGGACCAUACGCAUGGGUCCGCCAUCCCUCCUAUACCGGGAUGUACGCUGCCCUACUCGGAGUACUUGGAGCGUUAGGGAGCAGAGGAAGUUGGGUGAGGGAGUGCGGCGUUGUGCCCCCAUUAUCCUCGUCGUUACGUGGGUGGUCAUGGAUGGGCCCUACAGACCCGACUGGAGAUGGAGUGACGAGGGGAGGCACAGGGACGGAGAUGGCUUGGGCGCUGAUAGAAGACGAAGCGCUGAGGCGGAGGUUCGGGAAGGAGUGGGAGGUCUAUGCUAAGAAGGUGAGAUGGGGAAUGUUUCCGGGCGUGUUCUGA